UGAUGAUGCUAUCGCAUCUGAUAUACCUAGUAAAGAUCUCAGUCAAUAUUUUAUACGUGGAAAAGGUAUGGAUCAAGUUGGUGAAAUCGAUACUGAUAUAUGCCUUGGCAUGAGCUCCACUCUACCAGAUCACACUGAUGAUAAAA